CAAAAAUUUGGCUACGGAUAGUCUUCUAGAGUCUAGUAGAAUAUAUUUCAACAGUUGUAUUGCUUGGCCAGGUUACGACCAAAACUUUAUAAUUUAAAUUUAUUUUAGAGAUAAGGCGUUUCACAUCAAGAUUAUCCCAUCUCUGUUGUGGGACCUCCAGCCUUGUCAAACUGACAUUUACAUAACCCCACAUUUUGCAUGCUCAAAAAGUACAAAAAUUCUGUGCACAAAAAUGAGCAAGAAAAUCGAUAUUUUGAAAUUAUACAAAUCGCUAAUGAGGGAAUCUCAAAAAAUUCCUGAUUACAAUUUCAGAAAUUAUGCCCUCAGAAAAGUUAGGGAUAGCUUUAAAGCCAAUAGUAGUAUUACGGAUGCAACAUUAUUGAAGAAUGAAGUACAAGAUGCAUUUAAAAAUUUGGAUAUCAUGAAAAGACAGGCAGCAAUUGGGCAGAUGUAUAGUGCAGAGAAAUUAGUGAUAGAAAAUAUAGAAAAUGAUAUAAAAAGCUGGUAAAAUAGUCUUAUGUAUUUAGCAGUUUGUAUAUACAGUGUGAUUCAGAAGACAUGCCAAUAUUUCUGGGGUAGGAAGUACAUCCAGAAAUAACAAAAAAGUUUCUAUAAAUAUAUAUCCCUACAAAGAUACAGGGAGAUAAGUUUUAUUUAUGAAAUGGAAAAAAUAUAUGUAUGGAGCAGAUAAAGAUACUGAGUCAAGAUAUUUUAUGUUCAGUGAGCACAUCAUAAGUAAUAAACCCAUAAACUAAAUCAGAGACGUAAAAACUAGGAGAUAUUUUCUAUGCCACUGACCUUUUCACAGAAAAACGCAUUUUAUAAAAUUCCAUUCAAUUUUCCAUUAAUUUUGUCUUUAAGAAUUCUUGUCAGAUCACUCAUUUUGGAGAUAUUUAUGUUUGAAUAUUUGGGGUACAAUCCCAAAAUAUUCUUAUGAAAAGGUUACCAUUCAUUUAACCUUUCCUGUGCACGCCACUUUUUUUGUCAGUAUAUUCUUUUUGUUUAUAGAUGAAACUUCAAAGCAAAAAAGACCGUUUAUGUCAAAAUUAAAAAAAUAAAGCUAAUUAGAAUUAAUCACAACACAUUUGAUACAACUUGUUAUUUCUAAAUUUAUAAGAACAUAACUUGGUAUAUUUACCCGCUCUGUAGACAUUUUUUUUAUUACAAAAAUGAAACUUCAUAACCCUAUAUCUCAGUAGAAGAGCAUCUUUGGACCCAUAUUUAUAGGAAUUUUUUUUAUAUACUUUCCACCCUAGAAAUAUUGGCAUAUCUUUCUGAAACACCCUAUAGAAUAUUAAUACAACAAAUAAAGAGUUAUUUUGUUA